UUCACUUGUACGGAUCCAGAUAAUGGAAAUCACUGCCGCUGCCUGAGUUCAGAACUGGAUCAAGAUCGAGACCGCGACGGAGCUUGGUCUCUCUCUCUCUCUCUGUGUGUCUAUGUCUCUGUCUCUCUCUCUCGUACCUGGAAAUGGUGGGCUUCUCAAUGAUCUUGUAGCGUUUGAAUGUCAGCGACUGUGCUAAGAAUUUCUUCUUAACGGUGUAAAGAUGUCAAGGUUUCUGGCCAGGAUUCGGGGGUUGUUCAAGUCCCGGACUCAGGUGGGGAUCGACAAGGCGGGGAAUCAAUACUUCAUCCGAAACGAGGAGGUCGAUGGAAUCAUGAAAGAACGCCGAUGGGUGAUCUUUAGAGGAGAAGAAGAUCCCACUUCACUGCCAGUUGAGUGGAUUUGCUGGUUAAAUGGGCAAAGGAAGAAACCUCCAACUCCUGAGGAAAUGAUGGAGCUAGAGGCAAGACGGGAGCGUGUGAAGCUAAAUAUUGCAAAGUUGCAGAAAGAAGAAGAAGAAGAAAAACUGAAAAGAGGGGUUCCACAGCCAAGCAAAACUGGCAAAGUUGGUCCUCCAGAUCUGGAAAGCUUCAUCAAACAAUUUCCUGGUGCUUCCUUAGAUCCUGGUAGUGAAGGUGAAGUACCUGAUUUAGAGUCAGAUUCAAAAGAAAAGUGGACCAGGAAAUUCAGGGACUCUGAUUCAACAAAUACUAAAACUCCUGCGCCAAAAGCUCCGAGGGUGCCAAUGUCUACAGAACCAACUGGUAGUGGCGAGUCCUUUAAGCCAGGAACGUGGCAACCACCAUCAUGAAGAGCCUUUCCAGAGCGUUUGGCUAAUCAACCUUCAGCUAACUGUAAGACCAUUAUACCAUAGGACUCCGUGCGAUUUGACAUCCUAGUCUCAGGCGUCUACCAAGGCUCUUGAAAUCUUGAGGGUCUUCUUUCUGAGGCAUGUCUUGGUUGCUGCAAGAGAUCACCGGCUCGAGAUGUAGUUGACUUGAACGUUGGAGUCCUAUAGAUGACCAUGAUGGCCUGACACAAUUUUGCAAGCUUCAUGUAGUGACGUCUUGAAUUUUACCUGUAGACAUGAUAAAGAGAGAAUGAUAGGCAGUUUCUUGUCUCAUUUACACACUCUACAACCAGAUUUGUCAAGCUGAUGCGUUUGGCCAGAAAUGAGAUAAUGGGCUACUGUCAGUAGUCCUUAAUGUUAAAUUACAAGAGGACCCAGCACAAGGUUAUCAGUGCUUGAUCGAUUAAUGAAUGCUGUAGCAGGGUGAGUUUUUUUUCUCGAGCAAGAAGCGACUUGAAUAAUGACCAAGCAUUUGUGUUUCCAGUUGUAAA